AUGUCCCCCAAACUACUAGUAUCUUUGAAGAGCCUGAAGCCAACCAGGCUGCAAAAUUUGACGUCGAUUCUGAGCACCUGUGGCACUGCUCCAAGGGUAUCUUUCAAUGGUACGAAAAGAGUCGGCUACUCCAGAAGAUGUAUUGCUAGCGUUAGCGGAGUCGGUACUGAGGGUACCAGAUCGACUGUCGUGCAGUUGCUUAACAACAUUGGAUCGAAGCGUGAGGUAGAGCAGUAUUUGAAGUAUUUCACGUCGGUCUCCCAGCAACAGUUUGCUGUUAUUAAAGUUGGCGGAGCUAUCAUUAGCGACAACUUGCAAGAACUGGCUUCGUGCUUGGCGUUUUUGUACCACGUUGGGUUAUAUCCGAUCAUUCUGCAUGGCACCGGCCCUCAGGUCAACGGCAGACUAGAAGCCCAGGGCGUCGAACCAGACUACAUCGACGGAAUCAGAAUCACAGAUGAACGCACCAUGGCUGUAGUCAGACAGUGUUUCCUCGAACAGAACCUCAAGUUGGUCACAGCGUUGGAACAGCUUGGUGUGCGUGCCAGACCUAUCACCUCCGGUGUUUUCACUGCUGAAUACCUCGACAAAGAUAAAUAUAAACUUGUCGGCAACAUCAACGGUGUUUGCAAGGAUCCCAUCGAGGCCGCUAUCAAGGCAGGCGCUUUGCCCAUUUUAACUUCUUUAGCCGAGACUCCCUCUGGCCAAACUUUGAACGUCAAUGCCGACAUUGCUGCUGGUGAAUUGGCACGUAUUUUUGAACCCCUCAAGAUCGUUUACUUGAACGAAAAAGGAGGUAUUAUCAACGGUGAGACGAAAGAAAAGGUCUCAAUGAUUAACUUAGACGAAGAGUACGAAGACCUAAUGCAACAGAGUUGGGUCAAAUACGGAACUAAACUGAAGAUCAGAGAAAUUAAGGAUCUUUUAGACUACCUGCCACGUUCAUCUUCAGUGGCUAUCAUUAAUGUCCAGGACUUGCAAAAAGAAUUGUUCACCGAUUCCGGUGCCGGUACUAUGAUUAGAAGAGGUUACAAGCUUAUGAAGAGAUCUAGCCUAGGAGAGUUUCCUUCCUCAGACUCUUUGAGAAAAGCUCUUCAAAGAGACCUUGACAUUUCUUCUGGUGUUCAAUCAGCAGCGACUUACUUGCGCGACUUGGAAUCCGCUGAAUUUGUGUCUUACUCGGAUGAGCCCUUGGAAGUCUUGGCAAUCGUCAAAGAAAAAAAAGUGGUUCCUCAAUUAGACAAGUUCCUGUGUUCCGAGACUGGCUGGUUGAACAACGUUGCCGACAAUGUAUUCAGUUCUUUGAAACGUGAUUUCUCUGCACUACAAUGGGUUGUUAGAGAAGACGAUGAAAACAUCGGUUGGCACUUCAGCAAAUGCGAAGGUUCUUAUUUGAAAAACGGAAAAGUCUUGUUUUGGUAUGGUGUGAAAGACAUUAACACUGUCUCUCAAAUGAUCAAAGAUUUUGUGGGUUUUAGUUCCCCCGUCUCCUCUCAAUCUGCCAACAAACCCAACGCUUUUGCUUCUAGCCAAUCAACCAGAGCCUAUUCGACAAGAACCCCACCAAAGGUUGAAGGUUCAAACAAGAGCAAGGCCCGCGUUGCGCUGAUCGGAGCCAGAGGGUUUACAGGCCAAAACUUGAUUUCUCUUAUCGAUAAUCACCCAUUCUUGGACCUUGCUCAUGUUUCUUCUCGUGAAUUGAAAGGCAAAAAACUACAAGGUUACAACAAGGCCGAAAUCAUCUACGAGAGUUUAGGAUUCGAAGAUUUGAAAAGUCUAGAAACCGAGGGUAACGUUGAUAUAUGGGUUAUGGCUCUUCCAAAUGGAGUAUGUAAACCAUUUGUUGAGGCCAUCGAAAGUGUGAAUGGCAAAUCUAAAAUCAUCGAUUUAGGUGCAGACUUCAGAUUUGUUCCGGAAAACGAGUGGGCUUAUGGCUUACCAGAAUUGAAUGACAGAGAAAAAAUUGCCUCAGCCAAAAAGAUCGCCAACCCAGGUUGCUACGCGACUGGUGCUCAGGUGGCUAUUGCCCCAUUGCUUGACUUUGUCACUGGUUUGCCAACCGUUUUUGGUGUGUCAGGCUAUUCUGGUGCUGGAACUAAACCAUCUCCAAAGAACGACCCCGCCUUUUUGAGCAAUAAUUUAAUCCCAUAUAGCUUGACCAACCACAUUCAUGAGCGCGAGAUCUCAACUCGUUUGGGCCGCGAAGUGGCUUUCAUUCCUCACGUUGCACAAUGGUUCCAAGGUAUCUCGCACACUAUCUCAAUUCCUAUCAAGAGCGGCUCAUUGUCCUCUCAAGAGAUCAAGAAAAUGUAUGAGAAAUUCUAUGCCAACGAACGCUUGGUAAACGUUGCCGACGAUGUUCCUCUAGUUAAGAACAUCUCUGGAACUCACGGAGUUUUGAUUGGUGGCUUCAAAGUAAACGACGCUAAAGAUCGGGUCGUGGUGUGUGCGGCAAUCGACAACUUACUCAAGGGCGCUGCUACGCAAUGCUUGCAGAACAUUAACCUAGCUCUGGGCUACGGAGAGUAUGAAGGUAUUCCAAGCGCCAAGAUUGCACAGAAGUAA